GGCACUUUUUGCUCUCAAUGUCCGGUGUUGCUGCUAACCCUUCUCUGUUGGCUGCUCGUCUCAUGGGACGGUCACACGGGGGCUGCAAUUGACCAUGACCACAUCCGGAGCAACAGAGGAGGAGAUGAAACGUCCACACCUCAAUCUCUGUCACUCUCUCUGUCGUCAUCGACCGAUCGCCCCCCCAGUCAUUCUUGCCAAAUCCAGACAUCCUCAUUCGCUCACCAAUCAAUCAAUCAGGCAGGCAGGCAGACAGGAACUCAGGCAGCUCUACUAGAAAAGACCAGCACCAAUCACAAGCAGUCAAAUCACCAUCACCAAGCAAUCCAUCCAUCCCUCCAUCCCUCGAGGCCAACGCUCACACCCACACCCGACUCAUUUCAAUCAUUCAGCGUGUGUCCGCUCCGCCCGCUGUCCACCAUUCAGGCCCCCACCACCAGGCCACCAAGCUACACGUUGCUGCCGCGCCGCAACAUGUGGCCGAGUGGCCUGAGUCGUCUGAAUGGUGGCCAGCAGACAGGGUGCGAUCACAGCAACAAGAAGGCACCAUGUGUUGUGUGUUGCUUAUUCUGAGACACUCAUAGCUCGUUACAAUAGAAAAGACCUGCCAGCAGAAGACGGAAUGAAGGUGCGAUGGGAUGCGAUUGAUUUGGUUGGUGGGAUGGCUGGAUGGGAUACAGUACACCUGUGUGGUGGCUUGCCUGUCCCUCUCCCUCUCCAUGUGCCUCUGCCUCCACCUCCACCGCAACAGACACAAAGACACGCCAAGGAGGCCCUCUGAUGGCUAAGUGCCCAUUCAUCACAUCCACUGUGCAAAACGCUCCGUAUGCACCGCAUCGCAUCGCAUCUGUCUGCCCAACAGGCAGGCAGGCAGGCAGGCAAACAAACAAAAAUACUCUUCUUCCCUUCCGCGAGACAAAUAAUAAAGUUCAACACAUUCCCUGCCUGCCAAAUCUCCCUGCUCUAUCCUGCUCUAUCUUCUGGCGACGGUGCGCAUCGCAUCCACCGCAAGAAAAUGGCUACAAAAUGACAGCCAGCACUUUCUGCCAUGGCAGAAGGACACAUAGAAAAAGACACACCACCAAAUACUGGCAGGCAGGUACGAAACACUCCACCCACACCACACCCACACCCACACUCAUGUGCAAUUGGUCCACCCCAUCCCAUCUCACUCCUUCCUUCCAUUAAGACCGGUCGUGGAGUACCAGCCUGUCCUGCAUGAUGAGGCCGAUCUCGGGGGCGUAGAACUUGGGCUCCUCCUCGACACACCCCUCCAACGCGUCCAUCUCCACGAUCUGCAUGGCAUGGUUUCACAUCCCACACACGAAUUCUUGCAGGGUGCGGGUGGUGGGGGACAUGUGGAGGGGGUGGGGGAGGGGGAGGGCACUUUACCUUGAUGGCCUGAUUGGUGAUGGUCUCUCCGGCUAUGGUGGCCUCCACUUCCACAAAGGCCACACGGCCGGUAUACAUCGACUCACCUGCACAUACACACACAUAUCCAGGCACAUUCACUCACAUGAGUAUGUUGUGCCUAUGCCUGUGCCUGUGUCUAGUCUGUGUGUGUGUGGAGAGGAGAGCAGUUGCGGUGGGCCUUGCCUUACCAGGGACGAACUCCUCCAGGAACACAUCACCCUUCUGCACACACACACACACACACAGACACACACAGAGAGAGAGAGAGAGACGGAGUCAGAUGACCACAGAGGCAUAGCUGGUCACCCACCUGUGGCAUAGCCGGCAUAGCGAUGCCCGGGAGGGCGCCGGCCUCCCCCGCCCGCCAGCUGUCCUCCACCACCACAGCACCGCUGUCAUCGUACUCUGUCGCAUCCUCACCCAUAUAACACACCUGCAGCACCACGGGCGACACACCGACACACAGACAGACAGACAAGCUGUGUGUGUCUUCCUGCAGGCAUGUGUGUGUGUGUGUGUGUGUGUGUGUGCCUACUGUGCCGUCUGCUGCCUCCACGUAGAAGCCCCUGUGCACACACACACACACACAUACGCAGUGAAACACAGCCAUAAAUGGCGUGACCAUCAUGGCCGCAGGUGUGUGGACCUUUUCAGCUCUGUGAGUGUGCCGUCGGUGUAUUCUCGGGUCUCGAUGAUGAAGGUCUCCACACCCAUGACCUCCUCUGUCUCGUUCAACACUCUGACCGAACAACACACAGACAGAUGGCACACACACACACACACACACACGUCUGUGCGCGCACCGCCUCUCGAGCUGGAUGAUUUCUUCCCGGCCAUCGCCAUCGUCGUCCUGCAGCCGCCUCCGGCUCCCCCGCCGCAGUAACACCCUCAUGCGGCCUCCCCCGCCUGCAGCUGCUUCUGUGUUGUUGAUCGUCGGCAAGGGACCCUCGGGGCCCGCCUGCACGCACCAAUGCGCAGACACAUGGGGGGUGCGCCUGUGUCUGUGUGGUGUGUGUUGCAGCGUACCAGCACAUUGAGGGUGCCGGGGAUGAGAGGGAAGUAGACGUUGGUGCUGUUCAGGCUGAACGUCGUGGCUGCACACACACCACACAAGAGGCGCGGACACACACACGUAUGCAUUUGGUGUGACACAAAUGCCCAGAUCUCUGAUCUGAUCUUUUUCUCUCUCUGCAUGUGCCGUCGACUAACAGACAGACCAGUGGGGUCACAGAGUGUCUGUAGGAUGUUCGGCUCCUCACACACCUCAAAAGCUGCUGGCGCGUCCGUCACCUGCACCGACCAACGCACCAACACAACACACGCGUCCGCACACCCCUCCAUUCAUCUGUGUCAUCCGCAUCUUCCCACGUGUGUGCGGCUCAUGUCGGUUGUGACCUGUGCGUGUGCAGGCAACGCGCUGAGAAGGAAAACAGCGGUGGCAGCUGUGGCGGUGGAGAAGGGAUGCAUCCUGGCGGUGGAUGAGGACGAAUGGAUGGAUGGAAAGCGCCAGGGAUCUC